GUGUAGGUGUUUUGGCAUUUUUUUAUUCGUUAAUGGCAAAUGGAUUUCCGUUUCGCGAAACGGGGUCUAUAUCAAAAAGGAUAACAACAAUAAAGGUUAAAAAAGAGAACGAAGAGUAGUAAGGAAGGUUCCACAUCGCGACAGCCCGACGAAUGCAACGGUGGCUUAUAUUGUCUAUACAGUGGCAAUGGGGCACAUUGAAGUAAAAUAGCCUCAGUUUGCACAAGUGUAGCGGCGGUUACGUUAAGAAUAUCGGCGGGGCAGAAACUUAUGCAUAUUUGUAUCACAGUCAAAAGGGUCACAUGAGUGAUAUCCCAACACACUCCAUUAACCAUUUACCGAGCAAUUUCUGCCGUGCCUAUCGAUUUGCAGGUUUGUGGGUGCAUUUCGGAUACAACACUGCUGUGCUGUUGGCCACCUUCGCUCUUCGCUUAAAAAGUGCAAUGUUACUUCCCGAGUGGUUGUUUGUGGUGUUGGAGGCCGUUUUAUUUGUUUGCAUCGGCAUUGCUACAAUUCGUAUGAAACGUUUGCUAAAGGCAAGAGGAUUUACUAAGAAAAAAAUACCAUUAAAAAUAGUAGCAAAGUUUUGGCCACGUAAAUUUACGCAAAUAUUGCCGACGAAAACCGUACAAAAAACAAUUAUAAAAACCUGUUAAAAAAGAGAGUAAAUGAACGUAGUGCAUUAAAAGAGGUGGCAAGAAGGCAAAGAAAUUUAAAAAUUGCUGAUAAGUACAGGAAGGGGAACAGUGAAAUAGACGAUAGUAAAAAAAAUAUUCAAGGAAAAAGUGCAACGAAAAUUUAGCCACUAAAAAGAAAUAUUAUUUUUCAAGGCUGAAGUGAAAAAUACAGCAAAAGCUAAAGCUGAACGGCAUUUCUUAAUUACAAACAUACACACAUAAGGGGGAAAAGCUAGAAUUCGCUUUAAUUCCUGGCUACUUACAUCACACACAAUGACGACUUGCUGCUUCACUGGCUUAGCGCUCAAAGUCUCAUCUACAGGUUCGUGCAGUGCUUUGUGUGAAGUAGCUGUCCCACCUGGAGCAAGUGUGCGGUUCAAGAUUUCUCUUCAAUUGGCACUGAGACUUUUAUUCCACAAAGAAGGUAUUUGGAAGGCAUUUACCGUUCAACAGCAAAGUCGCAAAGAUUUUUUAGAGUUAGAAAGAAAUAUCGGUAUCUUUAGAACGCAAUGAACUUUACACCGUUCGGAAGCCCCUUUCCCGGUACAACCACUAUUCCUGGGUUGCCACAGUUUACAACAACAGCGGCGCCACUAGUAUCUACCGUGACGUCGGCGGCAGCAGUUGCAACUGUUACUGCACAACCCGGCACUCAGCAGCAAGACACUGCCUCCACAAGUGCUCGUUACCAACAACAGCAACAACAACAAGCUGCCGCCAACGUCAGUAUGACACACUUCAAUCAGCCAACCAUACCGAUCGCUACUGGUGCGACCGUCACCGCUAUACAAGCAAAGUUUCGCACAACGGUCGACGAUCCACAGGGAGAUAAGUAUAAUGGGCACUUGGUAACCAUAGAGACAGCUGGGGCAAAUGGCACACAGCAGCAACAACAGUCACAAUAUACUAACAUACCAGCUUACGGUACACAGCAGACGGAAGAUAAGCGCUUGAUAACUGCGGCAAUUGCAUACCCACAAAAUACGAUUACCGCCUCAACGCCGACAGCAGCAGCAGUUGUUGCGGGAACGAGCACCACGCAACAACAGCAACAGCAACAGCAAUUACAAGGGCAACAACAGCAGGUGUCGGCGCCGCAGGAAUUAACGCAGGACUUGUGUAACGCAAUUUUGCAACAACAAGGUGUGGAUACAAAGCUUGUUCUACAAAAUACCUCAUGGCAAUCGCUAACACCAGGUACCACAGUAGCUGAUUACCUCUCCCAUCUUCCAGCCAACACGCUGCCAUUGUCGCUACAUCAUUUCCUCAAGUAUUCAGCGGAGACGAUAAAAAAAGAAAAUCAAGGCGUAGUACAAACGGGACCACCCAUUGGCAUCAAUACGAUAGGCGGGACAACAACCAUUACAAUACCUCAACAGCAAACGACAGCACAAAUACAACAACAACAACAAACACAACAACAACACCAGCAACAAGGAGCGUCAACGGUACAUCUGCAAACAAACGCAUCGUCCAGUGGCGCAAUUGUAGUAGCUUCAACGUCUGCAGCUGCCAACGCAACUUCAACGUCGAAAAAGAAGAAGCGCAAAAAGCGUCCGAAGGACCGAAAACCGAAAUUGCGGCCCGGAGAAAUUCGGUUAACAACAGCACUAGACGGAAGUCCAUUAUACCUGUGUCCCGAAUGCCAGGUCGCAUAUCCUGAGCCCGAUUUACUCGAGAUCCAUUUGGUUGGACACAAUCUUGAGAGACGCUACAUUUGCGACAUUUGCCAAGCGGCCUUGAAGCGCAAAGACCACCUCACGCGUCACAAACAAUCGCACAACCCAGAAAGGCCAUAUAUAUGUACCGUCUGUCUGAAAGCGUUCAAACGGAAAGAACAACUGAGUCUGCACUUUGUGAUACACUCGGGAGAGAAGCGACAUUUGUGUCACGAGUGCGGCAAGGGUUUCUAUCGCAAAGAUCACCUACGCAAGCACACACGUUCUCACAUAGCCCGCCGGGUAAAGGCUGAACUCAGCAUGCAGAACGAGAGCGAGCAUGGGACAAGCAUGUUGCAGCCUGUCACGGUGACGACAAUCGCUGAGGUUCAACAACAACAACAGCAGCAGCAGCAGCAACAACAACAAUCCACAAAUCCGGUGCAACAGCAGCAGGCUAGUGCGCAACAGCAGAGCACUCAACAGCAACAGCAGCAGCAGCAGCAGCAGCUUCAGCAGCAAAUGCAUACACAGCAAAUGCAACAUGUUGUUGUCACACAGCAGCAACAACAACAGCAGCAGCAACAACAACAACAGCAAAUGCUUAAUUAGCCCAGUGGCGGCAAUGAUUUUUGUAAAGUCAGUUGAAAUUCAAAAUCAAUCAUCAAUAUUUGGUGGAAGCUAAAUCUGUAAGGAGUCAGGUGGAACAACACAUACGACACGUCCCGCACUUUCUAAAUUUUUAAUUUUUAAUGUUACUCCUAAUUAUAAAUAUUUGAGUUGUUUGGAAUGCAUUUGAAUCUUUUGGUUUUUAUUUUUAUUACCUGCUUGCAUAUGUAUGCAUAUAACAGAUAUUUCAGGGCACAGUAUCCCUUUGCUCUGCUGUGCCUAGUACAUCUACAUACAUAUAUACAUACAUGGAAUUAAUAUUAUUAUUUUACUAAAACAUAUUAUAUUUCGUUUAAAACUUCAAAACAUUGAAUUGCCCUUUGCUAAAAUCUGCCCACAAACAAAAUAAACAUUCAUCAAAUGGUUCAAAACGGUGAAGAAAGAAAUUCGCAAUACUUUAGGCCGAGAAUGACUUAUGCAAAUAAUGAUAAAUAUCAUACGCCGCCGAAAAAAUAACUAAGACUACAUAGGAAUAAAACAUUUACAUACUGAAUGAAGCAACGGCUUAGACUAAACUUUGCCGUAAAAAUGGAGCACGUCGCGUUUAUCUAUAAGUAUGUAUAUAUGUAUAUAUAGAUCACGCCUCACAAGCAUAUGCAGAACGUAUGUAUGUAUUUAAUACACAUAUACAAAUUAUAAUAUGGCAAGUUUUUAAUUCAUUGUUCUUGAACUAUAAAUUACAAAUUAAUGGCAUAUAAUAUUAGAAGCGUUUGUAUGUGAAGUUCAAAAGAGAAACUAAAAAAUUAAAGAGAAAUACAAAAAACAAAUUUAGCUGGUAAGUCCGUAGUAUGAUGAAUAAAGAAAAUAUAUAUAGUAUUUUUGUAUGUUUGAUGAGAAAAAAGACAACCAAGCUAAAGAAAAAUAAUAAUUGUAAAUUAUAGCAUAAAACUAGAGUACUCGAUUUUAAAAUGUAAGCGUGUUUUUGUUUAUAAUUUAUACACAUAAAAUAUAGUCAUGUAGUACACAAAGCCCCUUCUCAAUCAUCCAUGCAUGUAUGAAUGUUGGCACAAUAUUCCUACAAUAAUGGCAUUGUAAAAAGUGUGCAUAAUUCUAUAAAAUUUUUCAUUUUCUAUUUUCUUAUUGUACAAAAAGUAA